AUGGGCGCCUCCAACGAAGGACAUCUACAAGCAACUAUUCCACCUGAGCCCUCCCUUGAGUCAUUCAAUAUUAGUGAGGCUCAGUCGUCUGAGCUCUCUUGGGAUGGCGAGAACGAUCCUGAAAAUCCCUACAACUGGCCCGUAUCGCGGAAAUGGGCAUUGGCAUGCCUCGCCGCUUUCACGACAUUUUUGUCGAUGAUGAACGGAACGAUCAUAACGGUUGCACAUUUCGAAAUUUCAGAACGUUUCAAUGUGACCGAGACCAGUUUUCCAAACUCGUACUGGCCCGUGACCACAUGGGCUAGCGGAGGAGCUUGCUCUGCUUUGUUUAUUCUACCUCUGGCAGAAGAAUUUGGAACCCGUCCAGUGUUUUCUGCUGUCGCGCAGAACUUUGCUACAUUGGUAGUCACUCGCUUUUUUGCCGGCGGCUGCGUCGCAAUCUUGGCCAACACGGCUGCUGGGGUCGUCGGCAAUAUUUGGAGUACUGAAUGGUCGAGAUCGGUUCCAGUCAGUUUAUACAUUCUCGGCUACAUGGCAGGAAGUAGCAUGGGUCCCGUGAUGGGAGCUGCAGUUUACGAAUCCUUGGGAUGGAGGUGGGUCGGCUAUAUCCAGCUCAUUUGGUUUGGGGCCCUGUUUCCAGUCUAUUACUUCUUCAUGUACGAGUCACGCGGUGGGGCAAUCCUUGCGCGACGAGCGCGAGCAAUCCAAAAAUGCAAAAGCGGCAAUGAUUCCGAUUGUGAGAAGCAGAAAAAUCUAUCAACUACGAAGUUGCGCGACUUUGUCCACAUUGCAACCAGACCUGUGAUUCUAUUCUCGACUGAGCCAGUCUUGUUUGUGUCAACGGUAUGGUCUGCCUUCACAGUGGGCACCCUAUUCCUGUUUACGCAAUCGGUCGAGCAAGUUUUCAUGGAGCUAUAUGACUGGAACGUUUCACAGACUGGCUAUGUUCAGUGCUCAGUCGUCAUCGGAGAGUGUUUGGGAUGGGGCUUGAACUUCAUAUCUCGGAAGCUCUACUUCAGCUCUGCCUCACGAAACACCGAAGUCCCCGGUUCACCAAUUCCAGAAGCAAGACUUUAUAUGGCUGUUCUAGGAGGCGUCUUCGGUAUAUCAGGAGGCAUGUUCACCUACGCCUGGACCUCUUACCCGACAAUCCCGUGGAUUGCACCCGCCAUCAGUUUGGCCAUGGUCGGUGCUGGAAGUGUGUUGGUUGUGACAGGAGUAUCAGACUACGUGGUCGAUGCAUACAGUGAUUAUGCUGGAAGUGCAAUGGGCUCGGUUGCUGGCGGAGAGAACAUUUUCUCCGCCUUCUUACCUCUCGCUACCAUGAGCAUGUAUGGAAAUCUCGGACUCCAAUGGGCAAGCACCUUAUUGGCUUUCGUAUCCUUGGUGCUUUCACUUGUGCCGACAUUGAUGUUCUUCUGGGGGAAGGAGGUUCGCGAACGCAGCGUUUUCAUGAACACCAUGAAAGACACAGUUAAAAAGGGAUAUGAAGCGGCCUAG